AUGCGCUCGGAGGCCCUGCGCGCGCAGGCGCAGGGCAGCCUCGACCAGCUCCAGGGCGCCGCCCAGGCGCAGGGCAGCCUCGACCAGCUCCAGGGCGCCGCCCAGGCCUCGGCCGGCAGCGGUGCGCGCGUCGUGCCCGGCGCGGCGGACCCUCCCCUGGACGCCGGCAUCAAGCUAUCCUACCCGUCCUACCCCUUCUUCGGCUCCGUCGUGACGGUGGGCGAGGAUCAGGAGCCCGCGUCCUCCUCGCAGUACAGCCAGCCGGUGUCUUCGGGGUACCCCAGCACCUACCACAGCCAGCCUGCGGCGUACCCGAGCUAUGCGCCGCGCGCGGCGCCGGCGCCGCCGCCAGUGGCGGUCUCGGCAGGAGCGCCCCACUACGGAGGCGGAUAUGGGAGGUAG